AGAUUUCGCGGUACUGAAGGUCAAAGUUCAGUAUCGUCUCUGUAUGGCACAAACUUGACUGGUCCGUGUACCAAGCUUCUACUACAUGCUUAUUAGUUAGGAUGGAUCGCGGAGAAAAACCCAAAUCUAUCCAGUCGAAUGUUGUAUCAACACCAGCUGGAGGAAGAGGAAAAAGUGGGGGACCUUCAGCUCAGAAACUGCUGAAAGGAGCAAUCGCAGGUGGCAUUACAGGUGGUAUUGAAAUCUGCAUUACUUUCCCCACAGAAUAUGUCAAAACACAGUUACAGUUGGAUGAAAAGAUGGGAGCCGUCAAACGGUUCCACGGUCCCAUCCACUGUGUUACAUCCACUGUGAAAGACCAUGGAGUACGAGGACUGUAUAGAGGACUCAGUGUGCUAGUUUAUGGAUCUAUACCCAAGUCUGGUGUUAGGUUUGGUGCAUUUGAAUACUUUAAAUCCAAAGUUAUCAAUGAAAGUGGGAUAUUAACCCCAGGACAGAGGUUGCUUUGUGGUUUGGGGGCUGGUGUGUGUGAAGCUAUAUUUGCUGUCACUCCUAUGGAAACCAUCAAAGUGAAGUUCAUACAUGACCAGACAUCACCAAAUCCAAAAUACAGGGGCUUUUUUCAUGGGGUAUCAGAAAUUGUGAAAACAUCUGGAAUAAAAGGAACUUACCAAGGUGUAACUGCCACAAUGAUGAAACAAGGCUCCAACCAAGCAAUAAGAUUUUAUGUGAUGGAGACAUUAAAAGAUUGGUAUAGAAAGAGAACUGGGAAGGGACCCAAAGAUCCAGUGCCAAAAUUACUAACAGGUCUCAUGGGUGGCAUUGCUGGUGCAGCUUCAGUAUUUGGUAACACACCUUUAGAUGUGGUGAAAACAAGAAUGCAGGGUUUGGAGGCUGCUAAAUACAAAAAUACAUUAGACUGUGCUGUGCAGAUAUUUAAGCAUGAAGGACCUAGAGCGUUUUACAAAGGCACAGUACCCAGAUUAAGCAGGGUAUGUCUUGAUGUGGCCAUUACCUUUAUGCUCUACGACACUAUACAAGAGUUUUUCAACACCUUCUGGAAAACAGAUUAAAAGACUAUCAUGGAAUAACGUUUCAAUAUGUUAUCCAUGUAGAAUAUAGAUACAAUUCUUGUUACUAAGAUGAAGAGGGGCAAUAUUUUCCUAAAUGUGAUUUUAGACAACAUUGUAGCAGUUGCUUCUGAGCUCUGUGCAUUGAAGAUAAUGAGAAAAAUUGGCUUGUUGAUUCCAAUUAUGAUGAUGAUUUAUGUUCUCAUUAUACUAGCCUCAUACAGUUGACCUUUAUUUGCAGAUUGUUAAUGAUUAACAUUAUUAGUUGUAUGAUUUAGCAUUUUAAACUCAAGUCAUAGAGUAAUUUUAAAGUAUUAAAAGAUAAAAAAGAGCACUGCCAUGCGUGAUAAAAGUAUAUUCUGUUUGGAAAUACAAAGCUCAUUUAUUUUAGAAAAAAAAAACAAAGUUAUUGGUGGUGGAGACUUUUUAAAGCAUGUGUUAAAGGCAACAGGGAUGACACAAAGAAAGACUCAAAAACUGUUGUAUAUCACACUGAUGGUGGUUUACAACCUGUUCUUGGUGCAAGCUUGGUGAUGGGUCACAUUUACCUGACAUUUGUCUUACUCACAAAUACUGUUGUUUUAAAGUAGGUUAGGUUACAGGGUUUAUUUUCUGUAGGUUAUUUUAUUUCUAUUCAUAAGUAUUCCAUUGUGAAGAAACUUCAUUACACUUUGAAUAUAAAUGUAUAUUCUGUUUUACAUAUUUUAAAGAAAUGACACAAAUAUUGUCUAAAUCUGUUGCUUGAUUUAGGAAACAUGGUAGGAACUUGAGUACAGAUCAGUGGUACACAUUUGAAAUUAUGAAAAUUUAGGCAUUAGGUUCAAUGACAUUUUGUUUGCUUGCAAAAGAGCAUGUAAAAGAAGGCAUUCCAUUUAUAGUUAGAGGAGUUUAAAAUAAAGUAUAACUGUUCCUCCUCAUUAGCAUUUAUCAAGAGAAAAACACCACAAGUAACUUCAAAAGUUACCAGUGCAAGUGUGAUAGUCACAAAGAAUGCUUUAUUCAAGUUUAUGUGAAUCAAAUUUAAAGACACAUUACCUCCAUCCAUAACCAUGGUUUUACUUUAUUGCUGUAGAAUAAUGCAGUGGUAUUGAGUUUUAAGUUUUUGAAUUUAUUAAAAAAAGAAUGUAAGUCAGUUUUUACUACAAUUCAUGCUGUUUGUUUUUUCCCCUUAACGGUGGAACAUUUCUGUCAUUGCAAAAUAAAUUAUGUUCUUAUGAACAAAUGAAUGCA